CGUUCCCGCCCACUCAUCCAAUCACUGCGCUUCGUGAAUGAAACGUCGUGGCGGUGGCGCGAGUUUUAUAUUCAUUGCGCUUUGUUGGCGGGAGAUAGAGCUCUGUCUAUCGGAGUUUGACUAAUUAACUUUUUUUGCAUUUGUUCUGGUGGAGAGUGUCAACCUAAAGGCGUUUCAAUGGAGGACUUUGGUGUUUAUGCCAUAUUUGGAGUAGAUGAACCACCACAGCAGAUUUUGAGGCGUGAUGGCUGGCAGAGCUCAAUUGAGAUCCAGCCUAGUGUCCAGCUGAUGGUUCUCUUCACCAGAGGAGACUGGGGAAAGCGAGAUUCAGUCUCUGUGGAACUUGCUGAUGAGAGAAACAUACCCAUUAAUAUGGGAAAACUAACACCAUUCAAUAAAUGUCUGUCAUGGGAAUCUGGUGAGGAUGGUGUCUGGUCCAGUGGAGCAACCUUAAAUGUAAAACUCAUUGGGGGUACUACAGAGUUUUUGGAUCUGGGGCUGACUCUUCCACAGAUGGAAUGCACUCCAGAGUGCAACCCCACAGUACCUGCAUUAAGAGAGUGUCCAGGCAAGAGAAAGCGGUCUCAGGGAGAGGAGGAAGAAGAAAUGAAUGAAGGUAGAGGCAAGGAGAACAUCUGUCCUAAUGCCUCUGAAAAGGUAACACCUCAAAGACGGAGCAAGAACGAUCAUCGUGGAGGUCAGACACGUCUGUUCUCACAACAGGAGCAACAGACUGCAGCUUCCAGUUCUCAGAGCCAUAAAGCUAAAGGCAAGCAGGCCAAAACCCCCUCACAGACUGCUCCACUGGACAAGCCGUCAGGUCGCUGGGGUCAAACUCUCUGUCCCAUUGAUCCUCAGACAGCCAUUUUGAUUGGAGGACAAGGUGCCAGAAUGCAGUUCUGCAAAGACCCCAUUUGGAAACUGUGCACAGAGGAUCUUUCUUGGGUACCUGCUGAAACCCUUGCAGAAGGACCCACCCCUGAGGCCCGCAUUGGUCACACAGCGACCUAUGACCCAGAGUCCAAGCGUAUUUUUGUGUUUGGCGGCUCGAAGCAUAAGAAAUGGUUUAAUGAUGUUCACAUCCUAGACACACAAACCUGGCGUUGGACUUUGGUUGAGGCGCAGGGAAAAGUGCCUCCUCUGGCCUACCACAGCUGCAGCAUGUUCCGAGGAGAGCUCUUUGUGUUUGGAGGAGUGUUUCCUCGCCCACACCCAGAACCAGACGGCUGCAGUGACUCCAUCUACAUCUUUAACCCUGAUAUGGCCAUCUGGUAUCAACCUAUUGUGAAUGGAGAGAAGCCUGCGCCACGCUCUGGGCACUCAGCAUGUGUGAUGCAGGGGAGGAUCUUUGUGUUUGGCGGAUGGGACACCCCUGUGUGCUUCAAUGACAUGUUCAUGCUAGACCUCGGCUUGAUGGAGUUUUCUGCAGUGAAGACAAGUGGAACAGCCCCUUCUCCCAGAAGCUGGCAUGGCUGUGCAGUUCUUUCAGACUGCAGCUUCCUGAUCUAUGGGGGCUACAAUGGAAACAACGCACUGAGUGAUGCAUUCAUCUUCAACACAGACACUAGUUGCUGGUCAUCUCUGAUGCUUCCCCAGCUCAAUUCUGUACCCCGAGCUGGACAUUCCAUCAUUACCAUGCCCACCACAUGCAAACAGGGUUCUAUGAAUGAGCAAGAGAAACUUCCAGAGUCAGCCCCACAAACACUUCUGGUUUUUGGUGGCGGUGACAACGAAGGGAGCUUCUUCUCUGACCUUUUCACUAUGCAAGUACAGGAGCUAAGAGACUAAACACUUGCAUCAGGAUUUGGUUUUACAUGCAUUUUUUUUAUAUUCGUUUUAUGUUGUGGUGUUUCAGAUUUAGUUUUUUGUGUGUGUGUGGAUUGAUGAUUGUUUAUUUAAAGAGGUCUAUUACACAUUCACUCAGGUAUUUGCAUUGUCAUCAUUUAUAAGCAUUCAUUUAUGCACAGAUCUUUCAAAGUAACUCUCCAUGAUGUUAUGGAGGAUGUGCUAAGCAUUUGUGAUACAAGUCUAUGGGAUCAGAUUCCCGUCUAAAGUAU